AUUUCGUUGAUGUUCAGAUUAUGGCGAGUUUAGCUGAUGUUUUUAAGGAGAAGGAACGGUCGAACUGGCUUAAGGCAUGGCUAGCAAUAGACAUUGCGAAGUCUGGCUUGGAGCACUUAGCUGACAACGAGGCUCAGACUUUUCACCAGCACAUUUACAGCCAAGUAACAUCUACUCUUAAGUCACAAUCAGCUACUUGCACCAGCUGUAACACAACAAAUUUACUACGAAACCAAAAAUGUCCAAACCAGAUUUGUGAUAAAAUUUGCCAGGAAAUUAUCAAGGAACAUCGGUACAAAAAAUGUUCUUGGAACAAUACAUCUGCGCCAUUAUGGCAAACGCACUAUUGGGAAAUAGCGAAAUGUUACAUCCAAACAGAUGGAUAUGCUGACAAGAUAUCGAUUCAAGAUACAGACUUCAACGGCGUCGUCAGUUUUAUGCUGAACUGCACACGUUUUGAUAGCAAGUUUUCUUUUCCAAUAACAAAGGGAAAGCCAACCCUAAACAAGCCUGCAUGCCUCCUGUAUAAGGCUCGUGAAGUCCAUAAAGCUGUGCGGCACUCUUCACUAAUGGAAGUUACUGAUGUCGAUCUUCAAGACUAUUUCACAACAUUGAAACACCUGCUGAAAGAUUCAAGCCAUCUCACUCAAGAUAACGUUGCCAAAAAUGCUGUGGUGAAAUUAGCGCAGUUGGAAAAAGACACAUUACUAUUGACUACAACAGAGAUGAUGUGUUUCCUGGAUGCUGUUGGAACAACUUUGAAACAACACUUGAAAUGUAUUGCAAAAGACGUUGUUGACGCAUCGGUGAAUGACCUAAGAGUAAACACAGCAUUGUGUAUUGAUAACAUUAAAGAUUUUAUGAGCAAUUGUAAGCAAGAGCUCGCAAAACAGGCAGAUAUACAUAAACAGGAUAUCGAUGAACACGUCGACAGUCAAAAACAAGGCAUAGAUGAUCACACCGGAAGAAACAAACAGGGCAUAGAUGAACAUGUCAAAGGACACAAACAGGGUAUGGAUAAACACGCCGAUAUACACAAACAGGGCAUGGAUAAACACGCCGAUAGACACAAACAGGACAUGUAUGAACACGCCGAUAGACACAAACAGGGCAUGGAUGAACACGCUGAUAAACACAAACAGGACAUCGAUGAACACGCUGGUAGACACAAACAGAACAUGGAUGAACACGCUGAUAGACACAAACAGGGCAUAGAUGAACACGCCAGUAGACACAAACAGUGCUUAGAUGAACAAGCAGAAAAAUGCAUUAAGGACAUCCAAGAACAGUUUGGAAAUACAAAUUUCACGGAAACAACGUACAAACAGUCCUGUAAAGAAAUGCUUGGAGCUUUGACGAAGUAUUACAGGAAACGUUUCUGUCAUAUUAAUAUCUUCCCAUUGGAUGACUGGGCUGAGGAAAAGUUACUUGAUAUUUAUAUGCCGCCGAAUAUACAACUUAUGGCUAAGGAAAGAGGGUAUUUCAAGAAAACUGGUGAACAAAUUUUGAAAUACAAAAAUAUUUUCUUAUCAGACACCGAACCGAACCAACAGAUAUUUAUUCAAGGGGGAGCAGGUUAUGGGAAAUCUACUUUUCUUGCAAAAUUGGUAAUGGACUGGUGUACUAUAACAUCAGAACAAUCAGCCGAGACGACGCUGCCAAUUGACGACAAUAUCACUAGGUUCAGCUCUAAUACACAGAUGGGAUACUCUAAUGUCUUUGACGAUUUAACGUCUCUGAAAGACUUUACAUAUGUCUUCCAUGUAUCAUUAAGGGAAUCAGUUGGCCAGUUUGAAAUCGAAAAAAUGAUAAAUACACAGAUAGUUGACAGUAUAUACUCAUCUGAUGAAGAUCGCGGAAAGGCAUACAUACUACUAAAUGAGAUCAUGAAACGUGAACGUUGCUUGGUAUUACUGGAUGGUCUAGAUGAAUGGAUCGGUACAGGAGAUCAUCACAACCUGCCAACACUGGCCGACGUACACAGUCUUUGCGUUUUGAUGAUAACUACUCGACCUUGGAAGAUGACAGAAGCAAAAGUACUUGACUCGCAGAUUUGCAAACUGCUGCAACUUGAUGGAGUAAACAACGUGUUUGAGGUGAGCAGAAAAUUCCUGGGGUGUAUGAAAGAUUUUAAGGGUAGCCAAGAUUUAGACAAAAAACAAUCUGAAUUUGAAUCGUAUGUACGGAAAUGCGGCUUGUUAAAGCAUUUGUACUCCCCAAUGAUGUUGUGUUUGAUUGUACACUCGUGGACCAAAGGAACGGAAUUGAAAGGCUCUCUUUGUGAAAAAUACAGCCUCUUGCUGGAAUGUCUUUUUAAGAAGGCGAAUAUUGAAACGAGUGAAUUUCAAGAGCCGCCUUAUCGAUGUUUCACAGAGACCCAAAACAUACAACCCAAUAUUGAACACUUGAAUAGACUUGCUGAAGCGGCAUUUUAUUUGUUGUUUUCAGAUACACAGGAAAAAGCUCUGGUAUUCACCAUUACGGAACUAAAGAAAUUCAAUUUAGGUCAACUUGAUCAAGAGAACUUUGCACUGAAGUCCGGUAUUUUAUCAGUGACGCGCAAGGCAUCUGCAUUAAGAUCCUCUUUAUCAUUUUCAUUUAUUCAUAAGAGCAUUCAGGAAUUCCUGGCUGCUUAUCAUAUUGCAUGCAAUACCAAUGUGAUUGAUGACGUCAUUUCCGGAUACCUCAGCCGUCACAAGGAUGCAUAUCUUGACAUAUCCCAUGUGUUCAUCUUCCUCUGCGGACUGAACAUGUCGGCUGCAAAUAAGCUUUCUAGCAUGAUGGAUAAACACGAGGUUGGUUGUUUACAACCUAUGGAUAAGCUUUCUGGAAUGAAUUAUCCUGGGAUUCAAAAGGUCAUACUAGCAGGAUACAGAGAAGCUGUUGCCAAUCAGCAAAAGGAUAUCGUACUCAAACUAAGUGUGUACUAUUUUAACUUUUAUAACGACAUGCGAAACCAGCACAGCAUAUGGACAAAUAACAAGUCCGAUGUCCUGUCCAUGGGUAUAAUUGUUCCUGACAGACAUUUUUCACGAAGAGGAGGCGAGUCUGCAUCUCAUAUUGAGUUUGACCUGUCAUCGUGCAACAAGCUGAAAACAUUGGACCUGAAUGGAAAAGGCAUUUUGCUCACUGAAUUUGCAAGUACGUCAACGGCAGAACAUCUGGUCGGGAUUGUUCUAAAAAGUGCAGAUCCAUCCCAGUGUGCAGAUACUCCUCCAUUACUGCCUUCUAUAAAAUACAUUAAAAUGAGGAAUGUCACAUGUUCCUAUACCAGUCUACGCUGUCUGUUCCGCACGCUGCUGACUCUCGAUCACGCGUUGACGUUUGACCUGCAAUCGAUCUACAUUAAGUGUGCUGAGGCAGAAAAAAGAGAAAUAAGGGCAAUUUUACAUAAAGAUGUAAACAAUUCCUCCAUCGUAAAAACCAAAAAUGACAAUCCCUAUCUGUUUAAGGCUCUGCAUGGUCUGAAUAUCAAGAGCCUGAGUCUGAGUAAUAGGUGGGGACGUUUGAACGUGGAUCAUGAAGAAUCGCUGUCGCAGUCACUAUCAUCGCUCAAACAGCUGGAAACGCUUAGUAUUGAUGUGGGGUAUGACAGUCCCGGACUGUGGAAGGCUCUGCAUGGUCUGAAUAUCAAGAGUCUGAGUCUGAGCGGUUUGUUGUACGUGCAACAUGUUGAGUCUCUGUCGCAGGCACUAUCAUCGCUCACAAAGCUUGAAACGCUUAGUAUUGAAGUGAGGUAUGACAGUCCCUCUUUGUGGAAGGCUCUGCAUGGUCUGAAUAUCAAGAGUCUGAGUCUGAGUGGUACGUGGGGAGGUUUGAACGUGGAACAUGUAGAGGCGCUGUCGCAGUCACUAGCAUCACUCACACAACUGGAAACAGUUACAAUAUAUGUGAAGACAUAUAAACAGAUAGAGCUACCUCAAUCAUUGAAGUAUUUAAAUAUAUAUUGUGAUGGUUUGCUUCCAUCCAAAGUUCUUGAACUGGUGGACACACUGCCUACAUGUACUCAGAAAGUUGGAAGCAAUCUGAAAUUAUGUUGUUCUUUAGAGUUCUUAACUAUUGGAAACAUCCCGCUUGAGAAAUACACUGCCAUCCAACAGGAACUACAGACGCGGAAGAAUUUUACUGUGGAGCGAUUUCAAAUAUCAGACAGGAAACUUGAAACCAAUCUUGUUAUACAAUGCGAAUAAUUAAACGUUUUGUCUUAAUAAACAAUGACUAGAAUCGUG